AUGGCAUUUGAAUGCCAGCAGUCUGUAAGAAUUGGCUCGAAGAACACCUCAAUAGAUUGCUUAGAUAAUCCUCGCAUAGAAGAAGUUGACAAGCCUCAAGUCAUAUUGAUUAACAAUAUAAAAUCUCUUACUUUUGAGUCUGAAAAUCCAAAAUCCAUAUCGAAAUUAAAUGCCAAAAUAGCCCUUUCUGGCAAUGAAAGUUUACUCAAUAAUAGUCAGUCCAUCACUGACCUUCCCCUGGCAUUGAUAUCUGAAAUCCUCAACUGUCUCGAUCCAAAAGAGCUGGGCAUUUUGUCCUGUGUCAACACUUAUUUGUAUAGGCUUGCAUCGGAACACCAUGUUUGGAAAGAAUUUUACUGUGAGAGGUGGGGCCAUCCAAUAACACCAGUCAACUUUGGGCCAGGGAAUUCGGAUGAGAAGUCAUGGAAGGAGCUGUUUGUGGAGAGGGAGUUCCAUAGCAAUACUUUUAUGGGACGUUUUAGUAUUGAUACUCUGUAUGGCCAUACUGAAGCAAUUAGGGCAGUUUUUAUGUUGGCUUCUAAGAAGAUUGUUUUUACUUCGGGUUAUGAUCAGAUUGUGAGAAUGUGGGACAUGGAGGAAGGGUUGUUGAUCGCAUCAUCCAGGCCUCUUGGGUGUACUAUUCGUGCAUUGGCGGCCGAUACAAGGCUUUUGGUUGCUGGGGGUACAGAUGGGUUCAUACAUGGUUGGAAGGCAGAGGAUGGGAAUGCUCACUUAUUUGACCUCUGUGUACCUCAAAAUCAGAAUAUGGAAUUUCGAGUUUGGGAACAUGAAGGCCCCAUAACUUGUCUUGCAUUGGAUUUUGGUAAGAUUUAUAGUGGUUCUUGGGACAUGACUAUAUGUAUUUGGGAUCGUUCUACUUUGAAAUGUUUGAAGGUGUUGGUGCAUAAUGAUUGGGUUUGGAGUCUUUUACCACAUGAUACAAUACUAAUGAGCACAGCAGGUUCUGAUGUACACCUCUGGGACAUCUUUAGUGGAACUCUUCUCGCCGUUAUUAAUAGCGCACAUGUUGGCAACACUUAUUCUCUAACGUGUAGUCACACUGGGAAGCUCCUGUUUACUGGAGGAGAAGAUGGUUCUAUACACAUGUUUGAGAUCACAAGAAAGUGUAAUUUACGAAAGAUUGCAACAUGGAUUCCUCACACAGGAUCUGUUUAUUCACUUGCUUUUGAAUUCCCUUGGCUGGUUUCAGCUUCCAGUGAUGGGAAAAUAUCACUCAUUGAUGUGAGAAAAUUGUUGAAAAAGACCAGCAGGCACUCUCCAAUUCAAAAUUCUUUUAAGGGCAACCACAUGGACCAAAAACAUGUAGAACCUCCUCAAAGAAUGCUCCAUGGGUUUGGCUGUAAUUUGUUCUCGGUAGGCAUUGGUUGUGAUCGUAUUGUUUGCGGAGGUGAAGAGGGUGUUGUCAGAAUCUGGAACUUCUCCCAAGCUCUAGAGAUCGAGCAGAAAGUCCGCAUUUUAAGAGGCAUACGGCUAGAAAACAGGAUGAGGAGGCGUAAGCUCCAAAUAAGUAGUAAAGGUAGCCAGAGUGAGCAAUGUUUAGUUGCUGCAAAGAAAAAUCAAACAAAUGGUGAUAGCAACAGGUGGCAUUAUAAGCACAAGGUAACUGGAAAGCUGAAGGUUCAAGGAUAG